AUGAGACAAAAGCGUGCCAAGGCCUAUAAGAAACAAAUGAGUGUGUAUGUCCACGCAUUCAAAUUCAGAGAACCAUACCAAAUAAUAGUAGACAAUGAACUCAUCACCACUUGUCAAUCAGCAUCAUUUGACAUUAAUAAAGGGUUUACUCGAACUAUCCAAGCAGAAAACAAACCCAUGAUUACUCAAUGUUGUAUCCAAGCAUUAUAUGAUACUAAGAAUCAACCAGCAAUAGAUAUUGCUAAAUCAUUUGAACGAAGAAAAUGUAAUCAUCGUGAAGCCAUCGAUCCUAGUCAAUGUAUUGAAUCAAUCGUUAAUAUUAAAGGACAAAAUAAACAUCGAUAUAUCGUUGCCAGUCAAGAUUUACAAUUACGUAAAAAAUUGCGGAAAAUCCCUGGAGUACCAUUGAUUUAUAUGAAUCGAUCAGUGAUGGUUAUGGAACCGAUCAGUGAUGUUAGUAAUCAAUAUAAUAUGAAUUAUGAAUCGAAAAAAUUGACCGGAGGAUUGAAUGAUAUUGAAGCUGGGAAAUUGGAAAAGCAAAAUGAAGGUGAAGAUGGGGAUGGGGAUGAACUGGAAGUUAAAAAGAAGAAAAGAAAAGGACCUAAAGAACCAAACCCAUUAAGUGUCAAAAAGAAGAAAACAGAUAAUGCAACUGCUGCCAGUACUAAUCAAGAGCAGAAAAAGAAACCAAAUAGAAGAAAAAGACAUGGCAAGUCAAAAGCAGAAGAGAAGGAAGACCAAGAACAGGAGCAAGUGAACGAAGCAACAACUAAUGAAGAUGCACAGGAGGCAAUAACAGCUACUGAAUAA